AUGGAGAAGAUUUACAAGUCCGGCAAGGCCAGGGCGAUUGGCGUCUCCAACUGGACGAUUGAGGGUCUGGAGAAGCUGCUGCGCUUUGCAGAAGUCAAGCCCAUGCUUAACCAGAUUGAAAUCCACCCCUUCCUGCCCAACACCGAACUCGUGAAAUACUGCCAGGACCACGGCAUCCUCCCAGCCGCCUACUCGCCGCUGGGAAGCCAGAACCAGAUCCCGAGCACGGGCGAGAAGGUGCGGACGAAUGAGAAGCUGAACGAGGUCGCGCGCCGCAGCGGUUACGAUCUCGCACAGGUCUUGUUGGCCUGGGGGUUGCAGAGGGGCUACGUGGUGUUGCCCAAGAGCUCGACGCCCCGGCGUAUCGAGAGUAAUUUCCAGAUUCCGGAGCUGAGCAAAGAGGACUUUGAGGCUGUCGAGGAGGUGGCGAGGGGCCGGCACACGCGCUUUGUCAAUAUGAAGGAUACGUUUGGAUAUGAUGUCUGGCCGGAAGAGUCCAACGGCGAGCUCAAGGCGUAG